AUGAACGUUAUUGAUGUGUUUGACAUCGCAAGCUCAAAAUGGUAUAAGCAAGCUACUAGUGGGAAGACCCCGAAGAUCAGGGUAAACCCAUGCGCCGUCGCUGCGUCCGCGGCCGAUGGAAGCAGUACACAGGUUUACCUUUUUGGUGGACAAAACCUGAUACCCUAUGGAGAACAGAUUCAGUAUAAUGAUAUGUGGAUUUUAUCGAUCCCAAGUUUCACAUGGAUAGAAGCUAAGACGGAUGGACAGUCUGUCCCUCCAGCCAGAGCUGGACAUACAUGCAACAUCUGGAACUCCCAAAUUGUGGUGACGGGAGGCUACGUGGGACAAGACCUGAGCUGUGAUAGCCCAGGUAUAUACGUAUUUGAUGCGUCGGAAUUGACGUGGAAAACCCAAUAUACUGCGCUCGAAGGCGGAAAUGAUUUGAAUCAACAGGCCUCACAGACUAGAGAUAGUAGUGGUCUUGGAGGUAGCUACGGAUACCGGGUCCCGAAAGUCGUCCAAUCUGUGAUAGGAGGCGAUGAUACUGGAAAGGCAACCCAAACGGUCCCUGCUGUGGCACCAACGGAUGGACCCUUAGCCACCGGCCAGCCUGUUACAUACACUGUCCUUCCAACUGCCACCGGCCAGCAUGCAGGCUCACCAGGCGGCAGCAGAGACGGCCCCAACAUCGCAGCAAUAGUCGCGGGCGUCAUUGCUGGAUGUCUUGGUGUUCUGGCCAUAUAUCUUGGCUUCGUCACCUGGUUGUACCGCCGGCGUCUAGCAAUCUAUAAGAGCCAUCUUGCAGCCACGCAACGUUCUUCAAUUGGGAGUUACGGAGAUAAAAUAUCGUCAUUUCCACCACGAUACUCGGACCAUAUGAGUAGCAGUGGAUUAGGGACAACCGGCUCAACGGGUAAUUUAACGGUAACUACAGCACGCAUGUCAUGGAUAGGCGGAGACAACCAGCGACACAACCACACCAGAAGCAGCAGUGGUGGGAAUUUUGAUCAUUUAGGCCAGCCCGGAAGACCGUCUACCAGUAGUAGCGUGGAGGACCUGCUGGCUGGACAGGAACCAACUUUCCUAGGCGUCAUGUUAAAUCCACGACAGACCCUGAGGGUUAUCAAUCAGUGA